GGUCUGAACGGUCGCUAAGGGCUUGUUUAUCCACCCUACAAAGCAGACAACAACUUGAAUUUAAGUAAAGUGAACAUAAAGGUAAGUAUUUUUUUUUAAAAUUCACUUAAAACCACUUAAGAUUGUUGAAUUUGUAAAUAAAUUUUUAACACUAACAAAGUGUUACUUGGUAUCUGUCUGACUGUGUUUGCAUGAAUCUUCAGUAGAUACCUAAUAGCUUUCUCAACUGACGACUGGGUGUGAAUUCGAAAACUACGGUUUUAAGUAGUCUUUUAUUAAACAACACAUAAAAAUUGUAUUUUGUUUGAUAACAAUAUUGGGUUCUCAGUAUUUUCCGUCUAGACAAGUGGUACUUCAUAAACUAGUUUUAACUGUAAAAAAUAUAGUCAGCGAUAAAGAAAUUGUUGUAAUAUUGCGUAAAAUAAAUCAUAAAGUAGUAAAUCAAUAACAUAUUAUCUCUUAUCGAAAUUCUUUAAAGAGUAAAAUCCAAAAGUAGAUAAUUUUAGAAAAGUAUAGGCCUCAUUACUUAAUCCAUUUAAAAAGGCUGUUACAGUCCAAGAUUAUCCCUUUCAGCCGAUUAGACGCGCUAAUUGAAAGGCACAACUUGUUUACUAGACAACAGCAACGAGAAAUGAUAUAUUUUUCAUAAGUUCUAGUAACUUUUUUUAGUUUAAAUUAAAAUGUUUUUUGCUUAGCGGCCGCCAGGUGUCUCACUUGAAGUGUUUCGUGGUUGCCUCACGACGGCUUUAACAAGUCUUUAGCUUCAUCUUAGGCGUUUAUUUAAAUUGAGAUUCUUUCAGAAAAGAAAUGGUCUACGUAUACACGAAACCCCGAGGUCCCAUAGCUGCUAUGUACAGCAGUCCUGGACCUUGUUAUGGCUUGAGGAGUCUUGUCGGAGCAUAUGACCAUGAUCCUCGUAGUGUCCAUUCAAAGGGACCAGCCCAUUCUUUUGGAAUCCGUCACGGUAAAUGGAGAGAUGAUGCGGGACCUGGUCCAGCUUAUUUUCCUGACCCGAAAAUAUACAAGGACGGCAUGGACGGAUCUCCUCAUUACUCGCUCUAUAGUAGACCAAGGGACUCGGCAGCCUUUAAGACUCCCGGUCCUGGAACUUAUUCACCAGAAAGAACCGGACCAAGUGCCAAAAAAAUGCCCCCAGCAUACACGUUUGGUUUAAGACAUCUUCAUAGAAGAACUGAUAAUACACCAGCCCCUAACAACUAUAGUCUACCGGCUCAAAUGGGUAGAACUAUACAAAGUGGAAAACGUCAGGCCCCUAUUUAUAGUAUGACUGGACGUAGUAAAAGAGGUGGCUUCCACGAAGACCUUUCUAGAACUCCUGGUCCUGGCGCCUACGGAACAGCUAAUCCCGAUAUUUAUAAAUUGAAAGGACCCACCUACAGCCUCACUUCAAGGAACAUGAUGCCAUCGGAUGCCACAAGGAAACCUGGUCCCGGUGCUCAUCAAUCGGAGAGGGUAUGGGCUCAUAAACGAGCAGCCCCAGCCUUUUCUAUGGGUAUACGACAUAGUCAAUAUAUCUGCCCUCUUAUUCUUAACGUCGACAAUUGUUAG